AUGGUUUUUUGGGGCACUGUAUGUGGCCAAGAAGAUGUCAGGGAGAAACCAUGGUUCAAACACCACUUCUGUGAAGCAACACGUGCCUGGCAUAACCUUCAAUGUGCCCGUGAAGAGAUCGAGAUUGCUACUCAGUUUACGUAUCCUGACCUAUCCAAGUACAUCGUACUCGUUUCUGAAUACCGACUCAAUGUGAAUGGCCACCUUCGUUCCAAGCUGAAACUCCUGGAGAAGCAAGGUGGCACUGGCAUGCCUCUUCCCACCACUCAUAAUGUGGGAGAUCCUGGUGCCACAGCAGACACAGCCCAGACUCAUGCCUCAACCCCUAGCACAGUACCUAACUCCACCCUGCCAGACAGUAUUCCAACAAAUGCCCAAGACCUUAUAACACUGGGAGAUGACUUUCAAGACACAGUAUCAGGUGCAUCACAGGACCUUCAUGCUGUUGACUGGGAGGAUGAGAAUCAAGAUGUUGAUGGCAAUAACGAUGAUUAUCAUCAUGUCAUUGGAAGAAUCGUGAACACGCUAGAAGCUAUGGACUUAGAGUCUGUUUAA